AUGGCGUGUCCGCGGAUCAUACCCAUCGUCCUUCUCCUCCUGUUCGUCGGCUCGUGCUCAGCCUACCUGGCGCCAUCAACCCAGGCGGACCGCCGUUCUCUGCUCAUCAAACCCACUCCGAGGUCCGCAAAUGGCCGUAACGCGAAUGCUAGAUCCGCUCCAGUCUCUCCAAGCCGCGCGGCGAAUGAUUCCGAGUCAAGUGGUGAUUCAAGCGAGUCUGGCGCGCAUAAAAACGCGUCAAAUGUUCCGUCUGAAGUGAAGUCUGGUCCCGCGCUCCCUCCGCGUGCUUCCCCUCAUCAUGUCGACAUACUCGACUAUGCUGGCGCGGCAGUCACGGAUGCGGGGAACAAUGGCCUGGGCACAGACACGGCGGGCGCGGGCAUUGCGGGAAAGGGUGCGGCGGGCAACGACGCAGUGGGCAAGGGCGCGUCCAAGGUCGCACCAAAGAAUGUGAAGAGCGCACCGAACAAGGUCACAGCCAAGGGUGCGGCGGGAAUGGUCGCACCUAACAAGGGCGCGGCGGACAACCAUGGAGCAGCAGGCAAAGGUGCGGUUAACAACGGCGCGCUGAAGAAGGUCGUAGCCAAGGGCGCGACGGAAACGGUCGCGCCGAACAAGGGCGCGGCGGACAAAGGCGCAGCAGGCGAGGGAGCGGCUAACAACGGCGCACAGAAGGACGCGGCCAAGGGCACGGCAGGAAUGGUCGCGCCGAACAAGGGUGCGGCGGCGACGAACAAGGGCGCGAAGAGCAAGGGUCCGGCUAACAAGGGCGCAGCAGGCAAGGGAGCGGCGGACAAGGGCGCAGCAGGCAAGGGAGCGGCGGACAAGGGCGCAGCAGGCAAGGGAGCGGCGGACAAGGGCACGGCGGGCAAGGGAGCGGCCGGCAAGGUCGCAACGGACAAGGCCGCGGCGGGCAAGGGCGCAGCGGGAAAGUUCGUGCCGAGCGAGGCGAAUAAGAGCGCGGCGACGGCGAGUCACAACGCCAAGAACCAGCCUGCUACUGAGAUGAUUGGAGCGGCGAGCAACAAACCCAUGCGCCCUCACAUGGCAACGGCGGAGGACGUGGCGAUCCAUCAUGAUGGUGGCGCGGCUAACUUGAAGACGACAUCAGGCAACGCGGCGAUUGCCCCAUCAAACGCACAAUCGCCGCGCCCACACGUUGUGCGUCCUCACAUGGCGACUGCCGAGGACGUGGCGAUCCAUCACGAUGAUAGUGGCGCUAAGACGUCAUCAGGCAACGCCCAACCGCCUCGCCCACACGCCGUCCGUCCUCACAUGGCAACAGCGGAGGACGUGGCGAUCCAUGGUGGCGCUGAGACGGCAUCAGGCGGCCAACCGUCACGUGGCAACGCAGGAAUUUCCCCGUCGAACGCCCAAACGCCUCGGCCACACGCCGUCCGUCCUCACAUGGCGCCAGUGCCGGCGACUGCGAGUCACAUCGCCAAGAAUCAGCCUGCUGCUGCGACGAUGGGAGCAAGAAACAAACCCGUGAGUCCUCGCAUGGCAACGGCUAACGACGUGGCGAUCCAUGGUGGCGCUAAGACGGCAUCAGGCGGCAAUGCGGAACUUGCCCCGUCGAACGCCCAACCGUCGCGCCAACACGGCGAGCGCCCUCACAUGGCGACGGCUGAGGACGUGGCGAUCGUUCCCCAGGCGCGGGCGCCGGCACCGGCGAGUCACAGUGCCGAGAAUCAGCCUCCUCCUGCGAUGAUGGGAGCAAGCAAGACGCACGUGCGACCUCACAUGGCGACGGCUGAGGACGUGGCGAUAAUUCACCCGGGAUCAGCAAAGGCGACGGCGGCGGCGGCGACUCUGCGCGCGGGGGAGGGAAAGGCGCGUCCUCACAUGGCGACGGCUGAGGACGUGGCGAUCGUUCCCCAGGCGCCAGCACCGGCGCCGGCAGCGGCAGCGCCGAUGGGAGCGGACAAGGAAGAGGAGAUGCAGGCAGAGGCAUGGAGGAAUGUGGUGUCUGAUGAUGAGGAUGGUGAGGAGAAGGAUGGCAGCGAUGACAAUGGCGAUGAUGAGGAGAAGGACGAUGACAACAACGACAACAACAACAAGGAUGAUGGCAAGGACGAUGAUGAAAAGGACGAUGAGAAGGACGAUGAGAAGAACGGCAGCGAUGACCAUGGCAAGGACAGCAAUGAGAAGGAGGAUCAUGGCAUGGACAGGGACAAUGGCAAGGGCAACAACAACUUGUUGCGCGACAAAGAUAACAACGACACGGGCAAUGACAAUGAAGAGAAGGACGAUGACAACGAUGCGGUCAACUGGCACGGGGGGGAGAGCAGCAGCCAAGGACAGCGAAGGGGCAGGACUCGGGCCAUGAACGGAGCAUCAUCUCGCAUCUCUCGAUUCGACAACAACCGUGGCUGGGAGCUUGAGGGCAAUCAGCGCACUGGACUGCACAAGGCACAGCAGUUUCGCAUGGCAACGAGCAGUGAUGUGGCCAUUCACAGAAGUGGGACCCAGGGCACCGUCAAGGGAGCACCCUCUCGCUUUUCUCGCCCCAGCAACAACCGUGGCUGGGAGAAUCGCAGCAAUCAGCGCACUGGGUUGCAAAAGGUACAGCCGUUUCGCAUGGCAACACGCAGCGAUGUUGUCAUUCACAGGAGCAGGGCCCAAGGUGCGAAGCGUGGUGUGAGCCAUGGGAGUGGGCUCAACAAGGCACAGCAGUUCCGCAUGGCAACAAGCAGCGAUGUGGCCAUUCACAGGAGCGGGAUGCAAGGCGCAGACCGUGGUGUGAACCAUAGGAGUGGGCGAAACGGGGCACAGCAGUUUCACAUGGCGACAAGCAGCGAUGUGGCCAUUCACAGGAGCAGGGCUCAAGGCGCGAACCAUGGUGUGAACCAUAGGAGUGGGCGAAACGGGGCACAGCAGUUUCGCAUGGCGACAAGCAGCGAUGUGGCCAUUCACAGGAGCAGGGCUCAAGGCGCGAACCGUGGUGUGAACCAUAGGAGUGGGCGAAACGGGGCACAGCAGUUUCGCAUGGCGACAAGCAGCGAUGUGGCCAUUCACAGGAGCAGGGCUCAAGGCGCGAACCGUGGUGUGAACAAUAGGAGUGGGCUCAAGGGGGCACAGCAGUUUCGCAUGGCAACAAGCAGUGAUGUGGCCAUUCACAGGAGCGGGGCCCAAGUGAGCAGCUGGGUUCCCUUGCAUCUAUCCAAGCUGGCGGUGGAGAUUACCAUGCCCGGAAGCGGCGGCGCCGCGUCCGCGCAGAGCGAGGCGAUCGACCGGCGAGAGCGGCUGCGACGACUCGCUCUCGAAACCAUUGACCUCGCGAAGGAUCCCUAUUUCAUGCGAAACCAUAUCGGAAGUUACGAGUGCAAGCUGUGUCUGACGCUCCACAACAACGAGGGAAACUACCUCGCGCACACGCAGGGCAAGCGCCACCAGCAGAAUUUGGCGAAGCGUGCAGCCAAGGAGGCGCAGGAGGCCCCGGCUCUGCCCCAACCAGCACGACCGAGAGUUAACCCGCGAAAGACAGUGAAGAUCGGUCGACCCGGUUACCGUGUAACCAAGCAGUUCGACCCUGAGACACACCAACGCUCACUGCUCUUCCAGAUCGAGUACCCAGAGAUAGAGGACGGGGUGAAACCUCGCCACCGAUUCAUGUCUUCCUAUGAGCAGCGAGUUGAAUCCUGGGACAAGAACUUUCAGUACCUGCUGUUUGCAGCAGAGCCCUACGAAAUCAUAUCUUUUAAGAUCCCGAGCACGGAAAUCGACAAGACCCCAUCCAAGUUCUUCUCGCAUUGGAACCCUGAUACCAAGACCUUCACACUUCAGCUAUACUUCAAGCCCCGCCCAGUCGCCCCCACCAACCCCAACGCACAUCUCCUCCCCUCCUCCAUGCCUCCCCAUCCCCACCCACCUCCCCCUCCUCUCUCCUCCCGCCCCCCUCCUCCUACCGGCCCCUCCCCCCGCCCCCCUCCCCCGUCCUACCCUUCCUCCAUGCCCCCUCCCCCUCCUCCCCCUUCCUCCAUGCCCCCGCCUCCCCCACCAAGCGGAUACGCUCCCCCUCCUCCCCCAAGUGGAUAUGCACCCCCUCCCCCUCCCCCUCAAGGGGGGCAGUAUGGGGGGGGAGGCGGGUACAUGCCCCCCCCUCCCCCGCCACAGCAGCAAGGGGGGGGAGGGGCGGGGGGAAUGGGGGCGUAUGGGGGUGCGUAUGGGGGGUAUCCCCCUAGCAACCAGCCACAGGCACAUGUGGGGGGAGCGGGGGGAGCAGGGGGAGGGGGAGGGGGAGCAGGGGGAGCGCCAGUGUCCAGACCCCCACCCCCACCCCCCCAGCAGCAGCAAGGGGGGAUGUAUUCUGCUGUUCCCCCGCCUCCCCCUGCUGCACCUGGAGGGUACCAGCCCCCCCCGCCACCACCUCCGACCCAGUAG